AUUGUUUUUGUUUUGCUGGCACAGCCAGAAAAAAUUCUUAAAUAGGGAAAAUUUUGUUUUGCCUGGCCAAGAUUGCCAAGAAAUGGAAGCGACUGAAAGCGCGAUGCCAGGAACGGACAAAUCCCCGGCUUGUCGCACCAGUGGCGAUGGCAUGGAGCAGCCGGAAAACAGUGGAGCGGCCAAAACAGAGAGUGAAGUACCAGCCAGUGCUGAUGUGGACACCAAGGUGAGGAGACCCCAAUUAUCGCGGAAGGACAGCUCCGUUGUCCAGGAGGCCGUCAUGGACAGGAAGGCUUCAACUAGCAGCGGUCCAGCUUCCAAUCUGCCCCUUCCUGGCUUGCAUACCCUUUACAGACGCCCCGAGAUCGUUACCCGGAGCUUGGCACCCGUUGUGCCCAAGGGGGAAUUGGUCCAGAUGCGGCCGAGACUGGUCACCAGUGCGGAAUCGCUGCCCGAACAUAAGAAAACCAAGCCCCCCAAAUUUGUGCCCUUCGAACCUUAUCCGGGUGCCGUAAAUCCAAUGAUCUCUGAGCCAACGAAUAAACACAAAAUUCAUCGGGACAAGAACAACCUGGACAUCGCAGUGCUGGUGGAUCAAGUGUCCACGCUGCGCACCCAGGAACUGGAGACUGAGCUGACGGAUAUUAAGGAUGCAAAUACAGUCAGCAGCCAGGAGGUAAACUCCCUUAAGGAAGAGCUGGCCAAGAUGCGCGAGGAACGCAAUUACUUUCAAGCCCAGUAUAAGUUCCAAACGCAGGUGAACAGCGAGCUAAAGAGCCUACUCGUGGCCUCCGUGGGCGAGGAUCUGCAGACACGGGUUAAUCUCCUCACGGAGGACAAACUACAACUGGCUAGGGCACUACUGGACACUGCCAACAAUUUGACCACUCACACCGAGCAGAUUGAGUUCCUGGCCGGCCAGUGUGAGGUCUGGCGAUCCAAGUUCCUUGCCAGCAGUGUUAUGGUCGAGGAGUUAGCCCGCUGGAAAGCCGAUCUCACCCAGAAGAAUCAGCUAUUGAAUGAAUCAACAAAGCAACUGCUGCAUGCCACCCACCAGAUACGCGAAAUUCAACUGGAUAUGCUAAAGCAACUGAAGUUCCUGGCCAAAAUUCGUUUCCUCAACCUGCCCGCCACCGAUGUCAUCAGCCUUAGUGCCGAAAACCUGAACAUCCUACAGCGCAUGGUCCUGCACACUGGCGUGGGCAUUCCCGAGGAGACACUUAAGCUGUCCAGCGCGAGCACAAGUCCACUUUGCGAGGCGGAGAAGUACGCAGUUAGGGCCUUGGAAUUCAUUAGUCAACCCUUGAUGGCCACCGAUGAAGCCAUAAGAGCUCUUUUCGACCAGGCCCAGCGGCCACACUACGUGCAAUCAGCUGCAUCCGAGGUAGCUCCUAGCGAUAAUCAACUAGAUAAAGCAUAAUAGUUUGUGGUCAGAAAUCAAUGUUACAUGUGUGUAGGUCCAUUAAAUUUUAUAUACAAA